GCAACUAUUUUUAGACUGGCGCGCGCUCUUCAAAAACAUAGAUGAGAAACGCGCGAGGAUAGAGCAGCAGCAAGACCUGAGACAUCUAUUUGUUUUCAUCAUUCAUUGUUCAAGGUAUACUUUGAACAUGAUACCAACCUCAACCAGAAAGCGAAAACUGUCCUCACUGGACUCUGAAAGUCACCCUGCCAAGAAGGGCAUGAAGGAGCAAGCCUCGCCAGUAAAGAGAAGAUCCCCCCGAAAGCGCUUGCUCUCUCCACAUGUGGAGAAGCAAGCAGGACAGGAGUCGCCACAUAAGCCAGCAGGCUCUCCACGUAGAUCACCACGUAAAUCCCCUUCGAUGGUUACAAGCUCCUUCUAUGGCAAGCAGAAGACCAUUUAUCUCAAUCCACUUGAGAGAAAGGCAGUAAAAGAAUCUCUGCCUUCCCUCCCCCCUGUUAUUACCUCCCCCCCACCAUCAGCCCAAAAAACAGAAAAGAAAAUGAAGAAAACUGUAAAAAGAGGCAACAAAUCCAGAAAUGCAAUAACAGGAUCCGGUAAGAGAGGAAAGAAGAGUACCAAAGGUUCUCCAGCAUCUAAAAAGGCAGUUGAACCAUCCAAAAGGAAUACCAGCAGCCUUGCAGUUAAACCAACAUCCACCAGCAGCAGCAAUGUACCAGCAAACAACAACCCAGUAGAGGCAAAGAAGGGAAUCACGCUCUCUUUCGCCAGCCUGAAGCCCAAGCCCAAGAUCUUUGUUGGAGCCGCUUUCUUUGGUACAGGAAAGAAGCCAACAUCCAUGUAUAAGAGACCUGCUCCGAAGUCCUCAGCCAGGCCAGCUCCAGUUAAGUCCAGGAGCCAAACUGGACCCCCACAGCAGAAUGCUAAGACACCAAAGCAGCAGGUGGAUCCAAGGGUUGCAUCACAGCUGCAGGAGCCAGGAAAGCAAAUGGAUGUGAAGGAGAUCCAAGACGGUACAAAGCAGAGGACGAAGUUUGAUCCAACUGACUGGAUGGAUGUUAAUGAUGGGGAGUCAGAAACCGUCAAACCAUCGAGCUCCCCUGAAUUAAUGGCUGAAACACAUGGGGUUACAAAACAAGUGAAGAUUGUUCUUUCCAGGACGCCAAGUCCUAAAUCUACAGCUUUGUUCUUCGACAACCAGGAUGAAUUGCAGACAGAUGGCGGUUCUGAGCAAAGUAAAAUAAACCCCACCGAAUCUUCCACAACUCCUUCCAAAGCUUCUGGAGCGGUGUACCCCAUAUUUGGCUCCUCAUCAAAAAGACUGAGUGCAGCGCUGCGUCCUCCAGUAUCCUGCAGUACCCCCUCUGUCUCCUCAGGAGCUUCACCCCUGCCAGCUUCAUCUGCAGUGAAAGAGCGACAAACUCGCAGGAAGAAGGAAAAGCUGGACCACGACCAGCUCAUCAUUGAUGCUGGACAGAAGCAGUUUGGUGCUACAACCUGCAGCUCCUGUGGAAUGGUUUACAGUGCAGACAACCCCGAGGACAAUUUCCAACACACCCAGUUCCACCAGCAGUUUCUGGACUCCAUCAGAUACGUGGGUUGGAAAAAGGAACGGGUAGUGGCAGAGUUCUGGGACGGUAAAAUUAUCCUGGUUUUACCCGAUGAUCCGAAGUAUGCAGUCAGAAAGGCUGAAGAAGUCCGCCGUAUCGCCGAUAACGAGUUGGGUUUCCAGCAGGUGACUCUGAGCAGACCAACGCAGGCUAAAACCUUCCUGUUCAUCAACACAGACCGACUGGUUGUAGGAUGUCUCAUUGCCGAACCCAUAAGACUGGCCUACAGGGUUCUGGAGCAGCCAGAUCACAAGAAAGACAUGACGAAGGAUGACUUCAUGGAACGCCACAGAGCCUGGUGCUGCUCCACCACCCCAGAACAAGCUCUGUGUGGAAUCAGUCGGAUCUGGGUCUUCAGCCUGGCGAGGCGGCAGGGCAUCGCAACCCGUAUGCUGGACACAGUGAGGAGCACCUUCAUGUUUGGAAGUUAUCUGAGCAAGGACGAAAUUGCAUUUUCUGAUCCAACACCUGAUGGGAAGCUGUUUGCCACCAAGUACUGCAACACACCAACCUUCCUUAUUUACAACUUCAUAGCAUAAGAAGGAAGCAACAGUUCAUUAAACAUGCUGCAUUAAUUGGUGUGAAGUUCUGAAGUUUUUCGUGUCAAAGGUUUUUUUGCUGAAUGUUAAUUAUAUGCAAAGCUGUUUUUUGUUAAAGCUUUGUGUGUAAAGUUGUUUCUAUUGGGUAAGGUUUAGUAUUCUGUAUUUAUAAUGCAGCCCUUUUCCCUGAAUGUUUUAAUAUCCCUUCCCCUGCUGCAGUGGGAAAAUAAA